CAACGACGCGUUGCUAUCGGAUCGAAUGUCAUCAUGGUGAUAAGAUUGUGAUAUCGAGACAGGUGAAGUAUGGUCGACUACCUGUCCCGCUACCGACUGUACAGUCUGGGGUACACAUCCCCAACCCCCGGCUCCUGCCAGGUCUUACAGACAACUGUACCAUGAUGCCAACAGACACCUGUACAAGCAGAAGGGGGACAGGCCAGCGCAUGACUGUGGACCCGAGUUUGCCCGGGAAAUGAGAGACCCCCGGGAUUGGGAGGCGAAACUGCUGUCACGUGGUCUGAGGCAGACGUAUGAAUACACGGAGAAUCUGCACAAAACGCCCGAGGAGAAGACGCGUGGCAAGAGACCACCAGACAAGCUCCUUCUGAGGACGGGUGAGCUCGGAACCCAGAGCGGCGACUUCCACUACCCACGCGGCCUGACUGCUACUGACUCCUGCGACAUCGUCAUUGCGGACAGUCAGAACCACCGUGUCCAAAUCCUAAAUCAAAUGGGCGUUUACAAGGUGAAGUUUGGAGUCAAAGGCACGGAACCAGGUCAGUUUAAUGAGCCCGUUGAUGUUUGUGAGCUGCCCAAUGGCGAUCUGGUUGUGGCAGACAGACGCAACAAGAGAAUUCAAGUCUUCACAGCGGAAGGAAAAUUUAAAUAUCUGUUUCCAACCGAACACGAACCAUAUAGCCUUGCCUGUGAUAUCUCUUUCAAGAUCAUAGUGGCAACAACGGCGAGGACAAUAGAAAUACAUGGCCGUGUUGGGAAACUGUUGCGCUCAUUCAAACUUGGCGGGAAAGCCACUUCAAGCUGCCCUGUUCAAAUUUGUGCGAACAACAAAGAAGAAAUCAUAGUCAGUGACCCAGCUGAUUCCCAGGUCAAGUUCUUCGCGUAUGAUGGCCGCUGUCUGAACAGGUUCCGGCCUAGUUCUUGUGGGGAGGCUCUCGCGCUUGUUCCAGGGGGAAUCUGUGUGAACCUUGUGGGUGAGGUACUCGUUUCCGACACGCUUAACCAUACAGUGAACCUGUACACCGAGAGAGGGGUUCUCCUUCAACAACUCCUCUCCCCUGUAGACGGCGCAGGUGCAAUACACUCCAUCAGCGUCGGCCGAGAGGGACAUCUGGUGGCCACGGAAUUUAGCGUAAAGGGAGAGCACUGCGUGAAGAUAUUCCGGUACAUGAACUGUGAUUGCCACCAGACGAGACCACCGUCAAGUAGACGUCGAACACCAAUUCACUUCAUGGACCUUUAAUGUCGAAUCAAGCCUCAUCCAAAAUAGUGCUAUCUAACCAAAGCAUUUUCAAGUCUUCUUUUCACGCCUGCAUUGUGGCGUACCCGAAAUAAAAGUGACCUCAGUGUGGAAAGCGUUCCAAUAGCCAUGUAAUCAAUGAUGACAAAUCCACCCGUAAUAACUUGCCAGUAAGUAACGACCAGUCUUGUUCUUUCUUAUACAACGGUGCCACGACGCCAAACCAGUACGUUUACGAUUUAUACUCUUUUACGCAAUAUGAUGUUAAAUGAUAUGAAAACAGUAUUUUGAUUGUACUUGUGUUUGAAUAAAUAUAUCACUAAUGUUUU